AUGCCUCCCCGCUACAAACAACAACCCACUCUCGAGGGUGUUCGCAUCCGCACCGCCCAAGAUGCCAUGCUCGUUUUUUACGGCGUCGCUCGCGGCAUCUUGACGCUUCUAACCCGUCGCCUCGAUGCCGAUGAGCGCAAGGCCAUCGAGCCCGGACAUGUCUAUGUCUGGGAAGAUCGCAGCGCUACUACGUCUGACUCUGGCGGCCUGAGUAUGGAGCGAUGGACGGACGGCAUGUCUUGGGGCCCGUCCCGGAUUCGCGAGGAAUUCCUUUUCUACUAUCAGCGCGACCCACAAGGCAACGAGCGCACUUCAUCCGCGAACGGAAAGAAGACCACACGCCCUAUGCACGAAAGCGACAAGCUAAUCAAGCAAACGUUCAGCGUGUACGUCUCCUUGCCUGAGGAUCAUCCUCACGAAAUUACGCGGAAAUGGCAUCUGACCGCUUACUUCAAUCAACGCACGAUCGACAGUCUGGGUAAAGUAGACGAACUUCCCAACGUCGGCGGUCUCAACGUGCCCGAAAACCUGUUUCGCAGUGCCCGUGCUGUGAAAGGCAAGAAGGAGGACAUCAAACGCAGCAUGGGCCAGAUCAUCGGGCCCUCCUCCGAGCAGUCUUUCGCCCAAACGUCAGGCUCAGGCGCUUUGUACACCAUUUUCCCUUCUACAGCACAAUCUGAGCGGGAAGCCCCAAAUACACGACGUCGUACGCCUGCACCCUUCGACCAUUCGCCACCGCCGCAUCAGCCACCCCACCACCCCAUCGUCCACCUGUCCCAGCCUUACCCGGGGCAUCCUCGGACAGCAGAUGGCGCACCACGCCAUUACAGUGCUCAGCCUCCGCCCUACCCAGCCUACCCUCAUCCUAGUCAGAGCGUCUCUCACGGCCAAGUACUACCAGCCGCACCUGGCCUCGUGCCCCUCGAGUACCUCGAGUCGAUUGCCCCGCCUCCACGGGAUCCGACGGACAUUCACUACCUCAAACAGUUAUCCGUCUCGCACAGUCGCGGCACGAGCCCAGCUGGCGGCGCUUCACACUACGCACAGUCACCCCUUGCCAUGGCGAGUUCGCCGCCUCCAUACCCGCACAGACGCUCCGCGUGA